UUUUCCAUUUCCAUUCGUUCAUCAGCACUCCGGUCCUCUUUCCCCACUCUCUCUUUACUCAACGCCAUAUAACCACACGCAAUGGCAAAGAACAGCGCUAAAGCUGCUAACACAGCUAAGCCUGUAGCUGCUGUUUCCACAGUAGCCAAUGGAAUUAGCAACAAACGCAAGAGAGAAGAGAAGCUUCUAGAAAAAACAAAUAAAAAGGAAAAAAUUAUCAAAGAAGAGUCAGGAAAUGAGAGCGAGGAAGAAAGCGAAGAUGAGCAUGAGGUUAAAGAGGAUAGUGACGAUGAGCAAGAAGACGAGGACGAAGGAGAAGAAGAGGACGAUGAAGACGAGGAUGAAGAAGACGAGGAUGAAAAAGACGAGGAUGAAGACGUGAACGCAAAGAAAGAGGCCAAAGAGAAGCAGGAUGACUUGCCUUCAAUCGAUUUCUCGGCCAAUGAGGCUAUUGCCACUGCUGCUGGUGGGAAGAAGAUCAAUUAUGAAUUUUCAUCUCUUGACCUCUGCGAGCCUACCAAAAAGGCCAUUGUUGACAUCGGAUUUACAAAGAUGACAGAGGUCCAGGCACGUACAAUACCUCCCUUGUUGGCUGGUCGUGAUGUCCUUGGUGCUGCUAAAACAGGGUCAGGAAAAACCAUUGCAUUUCUGGUUCCUGCUGUUGAAUUGCUUUACAAGCUCAAGUUCAAGCCUCGCAAUGGAACUGGUGUCAUCAUCAUCUCACCAACUCGUGAGUUGGCUCUUCAGAUCUUUGGAGUUGCCAAGGAUUUGCUCAAGUACCAUAAUCAAACUUUCGGAAUUGUCAUUGGAGGCGCUAACCGCAAGGCAGAAGCCGACAAACUUGCCAAGGGUGUCAACCUUCUUGUCGCCACACCUGGUCGACUUCUUGAUCAUCUUCAGAACACUAAAGGCUUUGUAUUCAAAAAUUUAAAAGCUUUGGUUAUCGAUGAGGCAGAUCGUAUUCUGGAGUGCGGUUUCGAGGACGAAAUGAAGCAGAUCAUAAAGAUUAUUCCCAAGGAGGGCCGUCAGUCAAUGCUUUUUUCUGCCACACAAACUACCAAGGUUACAGAUUUGGCCCGUAUCUCACUUAAAGCUGGACCGUUGUACAUCAAUGUGGACGAGAAGAAGGAGACAGCAACAGCAGACGGAUUGGAGCAAGGAUACGUCAUCUGUGAGAGUGAUAAGCGUUUCUUGCUCUUGUUUACGUUCUUGAAGAAAAAUCUUAAGAAAAAGGUUAUUGUCUUCUUUUCAUCCUGCAACUCCGUCAAAUACCAUGCAGAGCUCCUAAACUACAUCGAUAUUCCAGUCCUAGACCUUCAUGGGCGCCAAAAGCAACAGAAGCGGACAACAACCUUUUUUGAAUUUAUUAAUGCCCCCACUGGCAUCUUGCUCUGUACAGACGUUGCUGCCCGUGGCCUUGAUAUCCCAGCUGUCGACUGGAUCAUUCAAUUUGACCCUCCAGAUGAUCCUCGUGACUAUAUUCAUCGCGUCGGCCGUACAGCCCGUGCAGGUACAUCGGGCAAGUCUUUACUGUUCCUAUUGCCAUCUGAAGUUGGAUUCCUUCGGUACUUAAAGCAUGCGAAGGUACCUCUGAACGAGUACCAGUUCCCUGCGUCCAAGAUUUCAAAUGUCCAGAGCCAGCUCGAGAAACUUGUGGAGAAGAACUAUUACCUUAAUAAGUCAGCCCGUGAUGGAUAUAGGAGUUAUCUUCAGAGCUAUGCCUCAUACGCACAAAAGGCGAUCUUUGAUGUCAACAAGCUGGAUCUCGUCAAGGUCGCCAAGGCAUUUGGCUUUUCUGUUCCUCCCAAGGUUAAUAUCUCGGUUGGAUCAGUCAAGGGUCAAACAACCAACAAGAAGGCUUAUGUCGUUGGAGAGAAGAAGACACACAACCAUCCUAAUAGUGGUCGUCGACCCAAUGGCGAUGGUUCUCGUCAAUUUGCACGAUAAGAAAAAAAAAUAAUGUCACUGUCUUUUUUUUUUUUUUUCUUUUGUUU